UUUAAAUCAUUAUGUAUUUAACCAUUGGAGCCUUAUAAGAAGAAAGAUUUUAAAAAGAUGUAAUUGCGAAAUGGAAGCCCUUCAUCUUAUUCUGAUCACGAUCAUAACUAUACUCCAUGAGAUCAGCAGUACUCAUAGUAGUAAUUAUAAUACUACUACUACUACUAUGACUACUGCUAAUUGUUCUUCUUCUUGUGGAGAUUUCCACAAUAUAGUCUUCCCUUUCGGACUAGAAACAGAUCCAUCCAGCUCCCGCUGCGCACCAAGCUGGGCGUCCUACGACUGGCAUUUCAUUAAUCUUUCUUGCAAGAACAACAAGUUGUUUACCUACAACGGAUAUGGUGUUCGGGCGAUCAAUUCAAAGAACUUCACAAUUAGACUUGUGGACCCUAAUCUCCGCAAGGGUAAUUGCUCAUCCAUCCCUAUGCAACGGACACGGAGCUUCGAUUAUGAUUAUUUUGAACUAGAAACCAGGGUUGGACACGUUGACAAGUUUUGGUCGAGUAGGUUUAGAAGAUAUCAACUUUCAGAGUUUUUAUUAUACUUGAGUUGUGAAAACAAGGUGUACAAUAAUUCUCUCUACAUAGACACAUCUCCUUGCAUAAAUAGCUCUACUUUCUCCAAGCAAAAUCCCAAAGGUCGGUUCGUAUAUGUGGUGUAUGCUUCUGGCUUCAAAUAUUCUGAUUUCGCCGACUCCUGCAAAACAGUCAACUCGGCUGUCGUAUCUGCCAAAGAUGAGAAGAGGAAGAAGAUGUCCUACCGAAACAUCCACGAUGAGCUUACCAAUGGCUUUGAGUUGUCAUGGAUCUAUGCAGCUCCUCAUAAAGAAAACUCAAGGAAAAUUUGCUACAUCGAUGAAAGGUCCUACAAGGUUCAUUGCAUUUAUGACUACUGCUUAUCAAUAAGAGGGACUCGAUUUUUAAUGUCGUGCACACUGUGGAAUAUAAUCCAAGAAUUUCUGCUCUAUAUUAUUCCUGACUUUAUAAUUGAAAGAUGGAAGCAGAUUGUUGAGAUUCUAGCACCAAGAACAACAAUUGGAAUUUCAUUUAUGAUUGGUCUUGUCAUUUAUAAGUGGCGUAGACGACAUUUGUCAGCGUACGAUGGCAUUGAAAAGUUUCUACAAAGUCAAAACAAUCUCAUACCAAUUAGAUAUGCAUAUUCAGAUAUUAAGAAGAUGUCUAAAGACUUUAAAAUUAAAUUAGGUGAAGGAGGAUUUGGCUCUGUAUAUAAAGGAACGCUUCGUAGUGGUCAUUUUGUGGCAAUAAAGAUGUUGGGAAAAUCCAAAAAUAGUAGUUGGCAAGACUUUAUUAAUGAAGUUUCUACUAUUGGAAGGAUUCACCAUGUCAAUGUUGUGCGACUAGUAGGUUUUUGUGUGGAAGGUUCAAAGCGUGCUCUUGUAUAUGAAUACAUGCCCAAAGGAUCUUUGAAUAACCAUAUUUUUUUGAUAGACCAAGAAAUAAAUAAUUCCUUAUGCGACGGAAAAAUAUUUGAUAUCUCACUUGGAAUUGCUCGCGGUAUUGAGUAUCUUCACCAAGGAUGUGAUAUGCAAAUUUUGCAUUUUGAUAUUAAACCUCACAACAUUCUUUUGGAUGAAAAUUUUAUUCCCAAGAUUUCAGACUUUGGUCUAGCAAGAUUAUGCCCUUUGGAGAAUAGCAUUGUGUCUUUAACUGCAGUUAGAGGAACCACUGGAUACAUAGCUCCAGAACUAUUUUACAAAAACAUUGGAGGAGUCUCCCACAAAGCAGAUGUAUAUAGUUUUGGAAUGUUGUUGAUGGAAAUGGCUAGUAGAAGGAAAAACUUGAACACACAAGCAGAGCAUUCAAGCCAAAUAUAUUUUCCAUUAUGGGUGUAUGACCAUGUCAAGAAAGAACGGAUGAUAGUACAAGAAGACAUUACAAAUGAGGAACAUGAAGAAGAAAUAACAAAAAAGAUGAUUGUGGUUGCAUUAUGGUGUAUACAAUUGAAGCCUUGUGAUCGCCCUUCCAUGAGCAAAGUCAUAGAGAUGUUAGAGGGUGAUGUUGAAUGUUUAGAAAUGCCUCCAAAGCCUUGCUUGUAUCCACAAGAAUCUUAUAAUAACGCCGAGGCUACCACUGAAGAUACAUGAUCAAAUACAGGUUAUAUAACAUGGUCGUUAUCAUUUCCUGAAAAAUCUUUUUAAAAUUCAUCAAUGGUAAUUCAGUUAUUGUGUUUAAGUAGUCUACAUUUUAUUUUUCACCAUUUGGAACAAUUUUUUUUACUUUUGAUGUUUUUAUGCAUUACAUAUACUUGUCCAUGCAUCUUGUAUUAUAUUGUAUCCAAGUAUUAAAUAUGUAUUGGCAUUACUCUAAAGCUAAAAUGCAUUGUGUCAAAGAAAUAAUUACUCUGAAGUAUACUGAUUCUAUUUUAAA